AUGCUUCGUGCAGCUAUCCUCCUUGUUGCGUCUUGCGCCCUCACGGCUGUAGCAGGGGUACCGCUCUACGGUCAGUGCGGUGGUAUUGGCUACACAGGUUCCACGACCUGUGACCAGGGUGUUUGCACGUAUUCGAAUGAUUGGUAUUCCCAGUGCCUUCCAGGCUCUGGUGGUGGUCAAAGCAGUAGCACCAGGCCCCCUACAUCAACCUCGAGCUCUCGACCUCCAACGUCGACGAGCAGUUCCACUGGCGGAACCUCCACCCUCCCAUCCAGCUUCAAGUGGAGCUCGAGCGGCGCCCUUGUGAGCCCAAAGAACGACUCACGCAACAUCAAGGGUAUCAAGGACCCUUCCAUCGUCUAUUACAAUGGAAAAUACCACGUAUUCGCCAGCACAGCCGUCGCCUCCGGCUACAAUCUCGUCUACUUCAGCUUUAGCGACUUCAGCCAGGCCAACUCUGCCACAUUCUACUACCUAGACCAAACACCCAUCGGCUCUGGUUACCGCGCGGCUCCCCAGGUCUUCUUCUUCGCACCCCAGAACAAGUGGUACCUCAUUUACCAGAACGGCAAUGCUGCGUACUCGACCAACUCGGAUAUCAGCAACCCCUCUGGUUGGACUGCGGGCAAGAACUUCUUCAGUGGCACCCCAAGCAUCAUCACUCAGAACAUUGGCAAUGGCUACUGGGUAGACAUGUGGGUCAUUUGCGACUCUGCAAACUGCUACCUGUUCUCGUCCGACGACAAUGGACAUCUGUACCGCUCGCAGACUACCUUGGCCAACUUCCCCAACGGUAUGGGCAACACCGUUAUUGCUCUGUCGGCACCAAACAAAAACGAUCUGUUCGAGGCAUCCAACGUCUACAAAGUCGGUAAUCAGUACUUGCUCAUUGUCGAGUGCAUCGGCAGCAAUGGUCGCUACUUCCGCUCUUGGAAGUCCUCCAGCCUUACUGGCUCGUGGACCGCACUCGCGGCUACCGAGUCGAAUCCCUUCGCUGGCAAGAACAAUGUGGACUUCCCUGGUGGCCGCUGGACCAACGAUAUCUCACAUGGUGAAGCAAUUCGCAGCCAGGUCGAUCAGACGAUGAGCAUCAGCGGCUGCAUACGCUAUCUCUACCAGGGUCUUGCACCUGGAUCGAGCGGGGACUACAACUCUCUCCCCUGGCGCCUCGGUCUCCUCACCCAGACAAACUGCUAA